UGUAUGCAACAGAAUCAAGAGUUGGUCUUCAAGUUGAGAGAAGUCAACUUAGGCGUUUCGUAUUCAGCUAUAUAUAUAUAUUUAUUUUUUCGCCUGGUAAUUAACACAAAAGGGGACCAUGGUUAUGUUGAAGAUUUCUGCCGUCCUUGUUGCCUAUGCCCUGGUCAUUUGCCAGAUGUACAGCUCCCAAGCGGCCCCCGCCAGACCGGGCAUAGAGUCCAUGACAGACCGAGUCACCCUCACGGACUAUGAGGCACGAAGGUUACUCAACGCCAUAGUCAAGGAGUUUGUGCAGAUGACAGCCGAAGAGCUGGAGCAGCAGGUGAACGAUGGCAACGAUGGCAAUAGCAUGGAAAGACCCCUUACCAAGCGCUGCUCCAACCUCAGCACCUGCGUUCUGGGCAAACUGUCCCAGGACCUGCACAAAUUACAAACAUUCCCCCGCACGGACGUGGGCGCUGGCACGCCUGGCAAGAAACGCAGCGCACCCGAGAGCGAACGCUAUGCAAGCUACGGGGAGAAGUUUGACAGCAUCUAACCCUUCGUACUCCGUCAAAAUCCCUGUCUUUUUUCCAUCACAGUGUACUCCUUUUAUUUGACAAGACAUUGUGCAUGUGGAUUGAGUUUUGCCUGCUUGAUUGAAAUCAGAGCAAAUCUCCCAUUGCAAUGCCUUGUAGUCAUUUUUGUUGAUUCAUUUUAUUUCCCCUUUUCGGCAGAGAAUGGCAUAUUGUGUCUGUUCUGACAAUCAAAACUCCUCUAAAUUAGAAAUAUUCGAAAAUUAUUCAUCUAAAGAAUCUAGUAUAUUUUUUCAGUUGUAUAUUCAUAUAAUUUGAUUGCAUUUUCAAUUUAUUGAAACACAAAUAUCAUGAGAUAACCAUAAGUAAUAUUUCGACCAUAAUAAAUGGUUUCUUCAUGCGUCACGUUUCUUGUUCAAUAAACCUAUUUUUCUACCAGGAAGCAUUUUACUUUUUAUUCUUAAGAAACAGAACAUUGGUACAAUUUGUUUUAUGGACCUAGCUUUAUGUCUUCCAACAACUGCAUUACACAUUUUCUUUAAACUUGAAUAUAGAGUAAAUCACCAAAUUACAUACAAGGUGUUCCAAUCCCCUUGAACUAUCUGCCCUCUCACCCCUGAAGGUAAGAAUCUUGACCAACCAAAUCAUUCAAGUGAUGUAACAUUUCCUGUCCUCACAUGUGCUUCCUUGUAAUUGUUCUUCUCUCACAUUGACAAUGGUACAUUAAUCACCACUGAAAUGUAUUGCGCUUUAUAGAAGGAAUAUCUGAUGAGGUGUGAGUUUGUGUGUAUAUAUAUAUAUGGGUGUGUGUGCAGUUGUGUGGCUGCAUCAGUGCGCCUGUGAAAGUCUGCGUUAGUGAGGGCGCAUUGCAAAUGCCAGGGCCCCUCAGCAGGGCUCACUGUUAACCUGUGUCCGUU